UUCUUUGUCCUUAUUUUCUCUCCACAGCCGAAAUCUUCUCAUCUCUCUUGAGCAUUCAAAGGAGGUGUUUCCUUACUAGGCGAUGACCAUGAAGGAUCACGAACAAUCAUUCUCAAGAUCAAGAACAAAGAAGUCCAAGAAGAGGAGCAGAGAAGAUGAUAUCCAUGAGCCAAUGGGACCAGUAAAACAGAGUCCUGGAACAAAACAUGAGAAUUUGCAAGUAAAAAUCCAGCUUUAUCAAGAGCAGACAAACAAGAUUCCACCUUUACUUGCCUAUUUCCCAUCAGGUUAUAAUCCUUGCAAAACCCACCAAGAGGAGGAAGAAGGAGCCAACACACCCAAGGUCAGGGUUUUUAGACACACGGCUCAGAGGAAGGGUAAUAGGCUUCAGGUUGUGGUUAGCCCUGGUGGGUCGAAUGUGGAUUUUGUGGGAUCGAGUUAUUCAGGUGAAGCCGCUGCUGCUCAAGUUUGCAGGUACUCACUUGGUGUUCUUGAUAAGGAAGCCGGGACCCUCAAAAUUAUUCCUAUUGCUACUAAUAAGAUAUUUAGGAUGGAACCAAGAGUUCGAACCUCGGAGACUGCUAAUGAAGAUGCUUCAGUUUCGGCGAAGAGUGAACUUACUACCUAUAAAAAGGACAGGCUCGACAAGCUGGGAGAACUUACUGCACUUUAUGGAACAAAGAAGGAUAGAAAGAAGCGGAAGGAUUUUAUUGAUUUGAAGAAGGAAGCCGAUCCUGCAUCCCAAAAAGAACUAGAGAAGAAGAUUGGGGAAGUAGCGUUUGACAAGGAAGCUUUGGCAAACACCACCGCCAUUAUUGCUCGUAAUAUCCCCCCACAUGACGUUUCUGCUAUUACGCCCCCAGAAGCUUAUCCACUAGACAAGAUUAUUCUCAAGGGAGACUGGGAUUUUCUUGGGGAUAUUCAUAAUCUUUUGCAAGUGGGGGAAGAAGUUGCUAGCAACGCUUAUCCACAUUUUGUUUGCAAUAGAAUUCGAAAAUUGGAAGCCACUCAGGAUGACACACAGAAGUGGAAACUGUCGUGCGUGUUUUCGUAUAUUACCCAUCUUGUGAAGUUCAGGGAUCAGUUCUCCAUGGGACAGGCUUCAGCAAAGAACCAUAAUAUCCCGAGCAUCAUACGGCACAGAUUUUUUAACAUGUUUACUGAUCCAGGUUCAAAAAUACUAGCCAGUGACAAAAUCGAUCUUCUGAUUGGUUAUGUCUUGGUUCUCACUUUACAUGCUGAUGGAUUCCGAACUGACCCAACGGAUAUAGCAAAGGAUCUAAGAAUCAGUAAAGUAGAUUUGAGACGUCACUUUUUGAAUUUGGGUUGCAUACUUGGGCAUCAGAACAGCGUAUUGUAUGCAACACUUCCUGUUCCUCUAACAUUUCCUUCAGAGAAUUUCAGGAAGAAGCGGAGACAGUAGAUGGAUCGACCAUUGCAGAUGUUACUGUACUCCUUGACAUCAAAUGGAGGUGGUUUUAUCUUGGUAAUGUGAUUAUGACUCCAUGACGAAUCUUGAUUUAUCGAUGUUUUCAUUAUUACUUUUAAGGAAGGAUGAUUUAUGGUUGAUUGAUAAGGGGCAUGCAACUGUGUUUUGAUAUUAUAUUAACUUCUCAUCGAGCUAUAUCAGUCCAAGAAUUAGCAUCC